UUGAGUUCCUUUUGAGGGUCCGAGUUUAGCUUUCUGAAGCUAAUAAACCUCCCCUUAUUUGGGGGGUUUUACUAUUAUAGCUAAUUGAGAAAAUAAUAAAAUACUCUAGCUAGCUAUAUGAAGGGCUGAUGGAGAACACAAGGAAUUUGGCUGAGCGCACCCCGCGUUCGGAGCGUAAGCGUCAGGACUCGUUCGGGAUGUUUGACGGGUACGACAGCUGCAGUGAGGAGAGCACCAGUAGCUCCAGCUCAGAGGACAGUGAGGACGAGGUGCCAUCCCUCCCCGCCAGCCUGCCCAUCAUCAAGAACAAUGGACAGGUCUACACCUACCCCGACGGCAAGGCCGGCAUGGCAACCUGUGAGAUGUGUGGGAUGGUUGGAGUGCGAGACGCCUUCUACUCCAAAACCAAACGCUUCUGCAGCGUCUCCUGCUCUAGAAGUUAUUCCUCCAACUCUAAAAAAGCCAGUAUCUUGGCUAGACUCCAGGGUAAACCACCUACGAAAAAGGCCAAGGUCUUACAGAAGCAGCCUCUCAUGGCGAAGUUGGCAGCUUACGCCCAGUACCAAGCAAGUCAACAACAACAGAACCUGGCUAAAUCAAAAGCAGUGGUUCCUGUUGAGUGCUUUGACUGGGGACGAUACAUCUGUAGCAAUAACCUGGUCGGAGCACCAGUCAGCUGUUUCAAGCACGUCCCUAUGGGUACUUGCUGGGGAGACCUAGCUGAAGGAGUGAGGGUGGAGGUGCUCAACUCCGAUACUAACCUCUCUACUAAAGUCUACUGGAUAGCAGGGAUCGUCAAACUUGCAGGGUUCAAGGCUCUGCUGCGGUACGAGGGUUUUGACAACGACACCAUCAGGGACUUCUGGUGUAACCUCUGUGUUCCAGAGAUCCACCCCGUGGGGUGGUGCGCCUCCAGCGGGAAACCGCUCGUACCUCCCAAAUCGAUACAGCAUAAGUACUCUAACUGGAAAGCCUUUCUUGUGAAGCGACUCACUGGAGCCAAAACACUGCCACCGGACUUUGCUGCCAUGGUCCAUGAGAACAUGCAGUUCCCUUUUAAGAAGCUGAUGCGAGUGGAGGUGGUGGAUAAGACCCACCUGUGCCGAACUCGGGUGGCUCUGGUGCAGCAGGUGAUCGGGGGAAGGCUGAGGCUCGUCUACGAGGAGAGCUCCGACGACUUCUGGUGUCACAUGUACUCCCCCCUUAUACACGCCAUCGGAUGGUCACGGAGCAUCGGACACCGCUUCAAACGAUCCGAUGUGUCAAAGAAAAUCGAUGGUCAGAUGGACGCCCCCGCCCCACUGUUUGCCAAGGUGAAAGAUGUGGACCAGAGUGGUGAAUGGUUCAAAGACGGGAUGAAACUAGAGGCCAUUGACCCUCUAAACCUCUCAGCUAUAUGUGUAGCCACUGUAAGAAAGGUGUUGGCAGACGGGUACCUCAUGAUCGGCAUCGAUGGGUCGGAAGCGGCUGAUGGCUCAGACUGGUUUUGCUACCACUCCACUUCUCCCUCCAUCUUCCCUGCCGGCUUCUGUGGAAUCAACAACAUCGAACUCACACCCCCUAGAGGGUACACUAAACUGCCAUUUAAAUGGUUUGACUACCUCAGAGAAACGAGUUCAAUAGCCGCUCCUGUGAAGCUCUUUAACAAGGAUGUUCCAAACCACGGGUUCCGCCAGGGCAUGAAGCUGGAGGCCGUGGACCUGAUGGAUCCCAGGCUGGUGUGUGUUGCCACAGUAACUCGGAUCGUCCACCGCCUGUUGCGCAUCCACUUUGACGGCUGGGAGGACGAGUAUGACCAAUGGGUGGACUGCCAAUCACCUGACCUCUACCCCGUGGGCUGGUGUCAGCUGACCGGCUACCAGCUACAGCCCCCCGCCGCACAGAUGGCCAGAGAAAUCCCACCUGCUGUACCUAAGCAGAAGAAGAAAGCCCAACAGUACAAAGGCCAAAAGAAAAAGCGGAAGAUUCCAGUUGGUCGACGGCCCUUCAGUCAGGCAGGCAGGAGGAGGAGCCUAUCAGGGGAGGAGGAAGAGCAGAGUCCGCCCCCUUACUCCAGCCAGGGCCCCACUAUGGUCCCCCGGCCCCGCACCCACCACCACCACCAUCACCACCACCACACCCACAAACCAGAGUCUCUGUUGCGUCUGAAGGAGGAGCCGGCUGAGGUGGAUGAGUUCACCUUCUCCCAGGGCAUCUCAGACCAGGAGAGCAACGGCUCGGGCAGCUACUACAUCAAACAGGAGCCCUGAUGAUCGGGGGGACAGGGCCUGGGGCUAGGCCUGGGAGGGCAGGGGGAAGCCGGGUAGGACAGGCCAAUGGGAACCUCCUACAACCCCCAACUAGGACAAGACACAUCCCUAAGCCAAGACAAGAGCAACAUGGCAGGGAGUAUGGAGUGCUCUAAAAAACCUUAUCCAGAGAAGCCAGCCUCUUACACCCCAAUCAGGAGAGAAUGCUACUGGGGUACAAACACUGAGUGACUACACGCCCUGAAACCCCAACCCUCACCCCACAAAUAAAGCUACUUGGGGCUCCCCAAAACCAUCCAGGGGAGAGAACCCUUCUGAGCAGCUACAACCUCAAACCCUGGCGCCCUGAUAGACAGUCACUCAUUCACUGAGACAGACAUACCAUAUGAACAAGGCUAACGGGUAACUGGACACUUCCCAAAGCCACCGGCCCGGAAGAGGCCGCUUAUGAUACCUGGACAACCUGAUUAAAAUCCCAAUUCCCUGGAUGAUUGGAUACGACUGUGGCUCUGCUCUCUCUCUUCCUCCAUAAAUACAUCUAUCUAGAGGGCCUUGGAGCUCUGGAUGCCCACAACAAGCCUCUAAUUUGGGUAGUCUGUCUCUCCCCCACCCUGCCAGGCAGGAUCUCUGACACAAAAGUUGGGGCCCACACGCACAGUCACCUGGACUAACUGUGACAGACAUUUCUGAGCCAGGUCUUUGGUUUAUUUCUUUCAGGUAAGAGAGCUAGCCGCACAUGGCAGGAUUUAAUUUCACACGGUCUUGAGAGACAGAGGAAGGGAACGAGUUGUAUAAAACAGGAUUAUUAUUAGUAUUCUUUUUUAACGAUUUUGCCAGGUGGACUUGCUUUGAUUUGUUAAUAGUACUUGAAGUUUUCAGUUUCUGUUUGUAAAGUUUCUGUUUUGUGUUUGUUUUUGCCCUUUAAAUUGGAGGGAUGUUGUUAUUUUGACUUAAACACUGAUUUGUACUAUCGGAGUGGUGUGGAUAUUAUGAGGAUACAUAUUCAUAGAUGUGACUAUUCAAUAUAGAACUAUAUAGAUAUUAAGAAUUGUGAUUUGAUGAGAGUGGGUUUUGAAUAGGUGUUGUAUAAAUCUGAAACCUUGCUGGUGUGAUAGGACUGACGCUCUCAGACUAGAUGGGGUUUGUGUCUUAAUAGGGUAACUUGCAUACUACUUAGUAUUGGCUAUGCAUACUAAGUAGUGUGCUAAUGUGUCUAUUGGGAUACACUAGAUAAACACUGUCACAGAUUGCACUACAGGAACAAACAACCAGUCUCUUUGGGUUGUUGGAACCACACUUACCUUUACUAUGUCAGCAGCUUUAGAAUAGAAGGACCAGACUUCGCUAAUGUUUGCAUCUGUUUUUUAAGUACGGGAUACAACUCCAGAAACAAAGCUAAACCAUGAUAUACUGGGCGGCAGGUAGCUUAGUGGUUAAGAGCGUUGUGCCAGUAACCGAAAGGUCGCUGGUUCUAAUCCCCGAGC